UCGGAGAACGCGUAUCUCUGCCAGAUCUACAACCUGACGCUCCUCUGCAUGGAGGAUUACACGGUGGAAGCCCAGUCCGUGCAGUUCCUGGUGCAGCACGGCUUUGACUUCAACAAGCAGUACUCCCAGGGGAUUCCUUACCACAAGGGCAACGACAAGGGCAACGAGAACCAGAGCCUGAGCGUUCGGACUUUUUUUCUGGAGCUCAUACGAGCGAAGAAGCCUCUCGUUCUCCAUAACGGCCUGAUUGAUCUGGUCUUCCUGUACCAGUGCUUCUACGCUCACCUGCCAGACAACCUCGGCACCUUCACCGCUGACCUCUCAGAAAUAUAUGACACCAAGUAUGCUUCAGAGUUUGAGACUCGCUUUGUAGCGUCCUACUUGGAGUAUGCUUACAAGAAAUGCAAGCGGGAAAACUGCAAGCUGAAGGACUCCAGCAGCCAGCACCUCACCAUUGAGUUCUGCAACUACCCUGCCAAUGUGUCCCGUUACAUCGACUAUCGCCACUGCUCUCCGGAAGAAGAAAGCAAUGAUGUGGGAGGGGAAAAUAAAGUGCCUGCCUAUGGCUGGUGUCCAAAAGGGGUGAAGUGUCCACAGUCUCAUAACAUUGACCUCAUAAUUGAUGAAGAUGACAAGCUUUGGGAGGAGAAGCGGAAGAAGCAGAAGCACAAAUGGAAGCGUCGGAAGAACACCAGAGAGCCUGCAAAGGCACAUGAAGAGGAAAGCUCAGAGAAAGAAAUGGAGCUAGGUCAGAAUGGACAGGAGGGACCGCCGCGAAAACAGAGCUGCUAUGAGCCUCCAGCUGCUGCGGAGCUGGCAGAGAUGGCACCCAACAGCGAGGGCAGGCCACUGGAGGAGGAGAACUCCAUGGACACGGAACCAGAGGUCAGCUCGGACACUAGUGCACAACAGGAAGAGGAUCUGGGGAGCACUGAAGGAACUGCUGCCCAGGUAGCAGCUUCAGUGAGCCCUUCUGCCAAGGGAAACGCCUCUGACAGUGACCAAGUGGAGGGGAAGUCAGAGGUUCCCGCUGGCGUGGGCUCAGUCAAUUACCCAGACAUCCCUGAGACAGAAGCAGCAUGUGCUGCAGAAAAGGAAAAGGAAACCCGUGGUCCACCUUCACAGGGGGGCACACACCGAGCUGGCUUUGACGCAUUCAUGACUGGAUAUAUCAUGGCUUACGUGUGGAUGCUCAAGAAAGGGAAAAACACGGACCCUGGUGCAGGACCCUGGUUGCCAGUCUGCCACAAUAAACUGUACCUCAGUGGGAAAUCAGUGCCACUCCAGAUAGUAAAGAGCUUGUUUUCCAAAUCUUCCAAAGCUCACAGCCAGAAGAUGAAGUUGGCCUGGGCCAGUGGACAGAGCUAG